GGGAGUAGGUAGAGCUGAUGGAAUCCGCUGGGUUGGUUGAUAUAGUCUCCGGCCUGUCUCACUUCUCGGACUGAGAUCCGACAACAGUCCCAAGUUUCAGAGAGACGAGCCUCAAGAAUAACACCAGGCAACAUGGAGAUGCCCUCUGUCCUCGAAACCCGAGAAAGCAACCUGCUCCCUCACAUCAUCCAAUUUCUCUCCCGAUCAAUCCGCACAGCGACAGCCUCCCUAUCCCUCACCAAGCGCAAUGCCAACCAAACCCCAGCCUUCGAUUUCGCCCCCACCACCACGACCCCUCGAGACCACCAGCUUAUCCCGCGCGACAGCGCCCCCCUCUCCUCCACCGCCCUCCUCGGCGCAAUCCUUGGCUCCAUCGGCGGCGUCAUCUUCCUCGUCAUCUGCUGCUUCUUUUACAUCCGCUUUCGCGCCUGGGGCAACGCUAGUAUGGCGGCGAGCAGUCGGCAAAGACGAUGGCGAAGGGUCUACUAUUAUCAUGAUUCGUCGAGUACGAGCUCAAGCGGAUCGAGCAGCACGAGUCAUAGUUCGGGGAGUACGAGCACUAGGACGAUACCGAGAGAUGUCGAGAUAGGGGAGGCGUGGCCCGGAGUUGGAGGAGCGGGAGCGGCUCAGAGGGGAUAUGGCUAUGGGCAGGGAAAACAUUAUGGACAGGACAGUGUAUACGGACAAGGAGGUGUCUAUGGGCAGAGCCAGGCCCAGAGGGGAUACGGGGUUGGGUUCGAAGGAGGAGCAAAAGGAGGGAGCGUGGGCGUUGGAAAUGUUGCGACGGGGUAUGGACCAGGCGUGGCGCAGGCGCCGAGGGUGCCGCCUGUUGCUACGACGAAGUGGUCUCCUCAUGUUUUUAAGCAGGGGAAGACGUGAGAAGAGAGGAAGGAGGAAGUAAUGGUAGGCCAAGGUUUCUUUGGUGGGGGCGUGAUGGCUUGGGCAUUGGCUCAAGGUUUCGUUCUCCUGGCUGGGCAAGUCGAGCUUGCGAGUCGUCGGCUUUCCAAGCAACGCGGAGCAAGAUACCGAUCUACAUACCAGAAUUGGAUGCUUUUUUUUCCUUUCCGUGCUUCCAAGUUUUGCACUUGCGUUUUUGAUCUUCAUGAUUCGACUGCGGGAGAAAAGGGGCCAUUGUGGAGCCCUCGCUAUCCCGGAGUUCUCGUUGCUUUUCUUUUCCUCAGGAGAAGGUGGUCGUGCAUCGUUAUGAUUACAAUCCAGUCUGUUGCAUCAUCGUCUCCAAGUUCUACCAUGUAAAGAAGAUGGGCAAGCAUGAAA